GUGGGGAAGGCAGGAGGCGGCGAUCCCGGCGGAGGGGGCCGUUCGCCAGCUCCGAGGCAGAAAGUGCCACGACUCCACACGCGCGCACGCAGCCAGCGAGCGGCCGGAGCGGACGGCGGACGGGGCGGACGGCGCCGGGGUCGCGGUGUGUGCAGCUGCUCAGGGGUGGCUUCUCGGCGGAGGCUCGGCCGGCUCCUCUCUCGCGGUUCCGCGGCGGCGGCGGCGGCUGCUCUUGCCCUCUCGCUCUCCCUCUCGCGUCUCCCGCUGCAGGUGGAAAGCAAGCCAGCCAAGAUGGAUAUCUACGACACUCAGACCUUGGGGGUUGUGGUCUUUGGCGGAUUUAUGGUUGUUUCUGCCAUCGGUAUCUUCCUGGUGUCAACCUUCUCCAUGAAGGAGACAUCGUAUGAAGAAGCACUUGCCAACCAGCGCAAGGAGAUGGCAAAAACUCACCACCAGAAAGGCGAGAAAAAAAAGAAGGAGAAGACUGUGGAGAAGAAAGGAAAGACCAAGAAAAAGGAAGAAAAACCUAAUGGGAAGAUACCCGAUCAUGACCUGGAUCCCAACGUGACCAUCAUCCUCAAGGAACCGGUGCGUGUACCUGCUAUGGCUGUGGCUCCAACUUCAGUCCAUUCGUCUAUGGUCCAUACCCCUGUAGCCACUGUACCAGCCAUGCCUCAAGAAAAGCUGGCUUCCUCCCCUAAGGACAAAAAGAAGAAGGAGAAAAAAGUGGCGAAGGUUGAGCCAGCAGUCAGUUCUAUUGUGAAUUCCAUCCAAGUUCUUGCUUCAAAGUCUGCCAUCUUGGAAGCAACACCCAAGGAGGUGCCUAUGGUGGCUGUACCCCCCGUGGGCUCUAAGGCCAGUGUUCCUGCCACCAGCAAUCAGGGCAAGAAGCGGGAGGGAGCACAGAACCAAACCAAGAAGGGGGAUGGGGCCCAGAACCAAUCUAAGAAGGGGGAUGGGGCCCAGAACCAAGCCAAGAAGGGAGAGGGAGCCCAGAACCAAACUAAGAAGGGGGAUGGAGCCCAGAACCAAGCUAAGAAGGGGGAGGGGGCCCAGAAUCAGGCCAAGAAGGGAGAAGGGGCCCAGAACCAAGCUAAGAAGGGGGAGGGGGCCCAGAACCAGGCCAAGAAGGGGGGUGGGGUUCAGAACCAAGCUAAGAAGGGAGAAGGGGCUCAGAACCAGGCCAAGAAGGGAGAAGAGGCCCAGAACCAGGCCAAGAAGGGAGAAGAGGCCCAGAACCAGGCCAAGAAGAUAGACGGGGUCCAGAACCAGGCCAAGAAAGGGGGAGAAGGGGCCCAGAACCAGGCCAAGAAAGGGGGAGAAGGGGCCCAAAAUCAGGGCAAAAAGGGGGAAACAAACCAAAAUCAAUCUAAGAAAGGUGAGGGAGGCCAGAACCAAGCCAAGAAGGGGGAAGGGGCUCAGAACCAGACCAAGAAGGGGGAAGGACCCCAGAACCAGGGCAAGAAGGGGGAAGCAACUCAAAACCAGGGCAAAAAAAUGGAAGGAGCUCAGAACCAAGGCAAGAAGACAGAGGGAACCCCAAACCAAGGCAAGAAGGGAGAAGGUACUCAAAACCAGGCCAAAAAAUUAGAAGGCUCUCCUAACCAAGGAAAAAAGGCAGAGGGGGCCCAGAACCAGGGUAAGAAAGGAGAGGGCGGCCAGAACCAGGGCAAGAAAGGAGAGGGGGCUCAGAACCAGGGUAAGAAAGGAGAGGGGGUCCAGAACCAGGGCAAGAAAGGAGAGGAGGCCCAGAACCAGGGUAAGAAAGGAGAGGGAGCUCAGAACCAGGGUAAGAAAGGAGAGGGAGCUCAGAACCAGGGUAAGAAAGGAGAAGGGUCUCCCAACCAGAGCACAAAAGUUGAGGUUAUACAAAACCAGGGCAGAAAGGCAGAAGGAACCGCAAAUCAGGGCAAGAAGAUGGAGGGGGCCCAGAACCAGGGUAAAAAGGGGGAAGGGGCCCAGAAUCAGACCAAGAAGGGGGAAGGGGCCCAAAACCAGGGGAAAAAAGGGGAAGGGUCUCAAAACCAGGGCAAAAAGGCAGAAGGGGCCCAAAGUCAAAGCAAGAAAGGGGAGGGCACCCAGAAUCAGGGCAAAAAGGGGGAUGGAAAUCCCAACCAAGGCAAGAAGGGGGAAGGGGCUCCCAACCAGAGUAGAAAGACUGAUGCAGUUGCUAAUCAGGGCACAAAGACAGAAGGUGUCUCAAACCAAGGAAAAAAGGCAGAGGGGGCCCCCAAUCAGGGCAAAAAGGUAGAUGAGUCCCCCAAUCAUGGCAAAAAGGUAGACACAGCUGCCAAUCAAGGUAAAAAGUCAGAGUCGGCUCCUGCCCAGGAUAAAAAUGCAGGAAUGGUCCAGAGCCAGGAGGCACCAAAGCAAGAAGCUCCUGCAAAGAAGAAGUCUGGUUCAAAAAGAAAAGGCGAGCCUGGAACCCAAGACUGCGACAGCCCUCUCUUUUUGCCCUAUACGACGCUGGUCUCCACAGUUGGAAGCAUGGUGUUCAAUGAGGGUGAGGCCCAACGGCUUAUUGAGAUCCUCUCUGAGAAGACUGGAGUUACUCAGGACACCUGGCAUAAGGCCACGCAGAAGGGUGACCCUGUAGCAAUUCUGAAACGCCAGCUAGAAGAGAAAGAAAAGCUGCUAGCCACGGAGCAAGAGGAUGCGGCUGUCGCCAAGAGCAAACUAAGGGAACUCAACAAGGAGAUGGCUUCAGAGAAGGCCAAAGCUGCAGCUGGGGAGGCCAAGGUGAAGAAGCAGCUGGUAGCUCGGGAGCAGGAGAUCGCUGCUGUGCAGGCACGAAUGCAGGCCAGCUACCAGGACCAUGUGAAGGAGGUGCAGCAGCUGCAGGGCAAGAUCCGGACUCUUCAGGAGCAGCUGGAGAAUGGCCCCAACACCCAGCUGGCCCGCCUACAGCAGGAGAACUCCAUCUUGAGGGAUGCGUUGAACCAGGCCACCAGCCAGGUGGAAAGCAAGCAGAACACAGAACUGGCAAAGCUCAGACAGGAGCUUAGCAAGGUGAGCAAGGAGCUAGUGGAGAAGUCAGAGGCCUCCCGGCAGGAGGAGCAACAACGGAAAGCUCUGGAAGCCAAAGCAGCCACCUUUGAGAAGCAGGUCCUACAACUGCAGGCAUCCCAUAAAGAGAGUGAAGAGGCUCUGCAGAAGCGCCUUGAGGAGGUCACCCGGGAGCUGUGCAGGGCACAGACGAGCCACGCCAGCCUCCAGGCAGAUGCUGAGAAGGCCCAGGAACAGCAGCAGCGGGUAGCAGAGCUGCACAGCAAAUUACAGUCCUCUGAGGUAGAAGUGAAAAGCAAGUGUGAGGAGCUGAGUAAUCUCCACGGGCAGCUCCAGGAUGCCAAGGCAGAGAACUUACAGCUCACAGAGAGGAUCCGUUCCAUCGAGACGCUUCUGGGAGCAGGCCAGGCCCAAGUCACCCAGGCCAGCCAAGCUGAGGUGGACCAGCAGCAGACUCGUCUCAAGGAGCUGGAGUCACAGGUGUCGUGUCUGGAGAAGGAGACCAGUGAGCUCAAGGAGGCCAUGGAGCAGCAGAAAGGGAAGAACAACGACCUCCGAGAAAAGAACUGGAAGGCCAUGGAGGCACUGGCCUUAGCUGAGCGGGCCUGUGAGGAGAAGCUGCGCUCCCUGACCCAAGCCAAGGAGGAAUCAGAAAAGCAGCUCCAUUUGGCUGAGGCCCAGACCAAGGAGGUUCUGCUGGCUUUGCUCCCAGACCUCUCCAUCUCAGCACACCAGAACUAUGCUGAGUGGCUGCGGGAAGUCAAAGAGAAGGGCUCUGAGCUGCUAAAGAAACCGCCUGCCUCCGUAGAGCCCUCCUUGGACAUAGUCUCCAAGUUGAGGGAGGCCGAAGAGACCCAGAACUCCUUGCAGGCUGAGUGUGACCAGUACCGCACCAUCCUGGCAGAGACGGAGGGUAUGCUCAAAGACCUGCAGAAGAGCGUGGAGGAGGAAGAGCGUGUGUGGAAGGCCAAGGUGGGGGCUGCUGAAGAGGAGCUCCAGAAGUCACGGGUCACAGUGAAACAUCUGGAAGACAUUGUAGAGAAGCUAAAAGAAGAACUUGAAAACUCAGAUCAGGUGAGGGAGCACACUUCACUUUUGGAAGCAGAGCUGGAGAAGCACAUGGCAGCUGCCAGUGCAGAGUGCCAGAAUUAUGCCCAGGAGGUGGCAGGGUUGAGGCAGCUUCUGUUAAACUCUCAGUGUCAGCUGGAUGAAGCCAAGAGUGAAGCUCAGAAACAAAGUGCUGAGCUUGCCCUGGUCAGGCAGCAGUUGAGUGACAUGAAGAGCCACGUAGAGGAUGGUGACGUGGCUGGGUCUCCAGCUGUCCCUCCAGCCGAGCAGGACCCUAUGAAGCUGAAAACACAGCUGGAGCAGACAGAGGCCAUCCUGGAGGAUGAGCAAACACGGCGGCAGAAGCUCACAGCUGAGUUUGAAGAGGCUCAGAGCACAGCCUAUCGGUUACAGGAAGAGCUGGAGAAGCUCCGCGCUGCUGGCCCCCUGGAGUCUUCAGGAGUAGAAGAGGUCACACAGCUGAAGGAGAGACUAGAAAAAGAGAAGAGGUUAACAAGUGACCUGGGGCGUGCCGCCACCAAGCUUCAAGAACUUUUGAAGACCACCCAGGGGCAGCUAACAAAAGAGAGGGACACAGUGAAGAAGUUGCAAGAACAGUUGGAAAAAGCAGAGAAUGGUAGCAGCUCAAAGGAGGGAACCUCUGUCUGAGUCUCCUCGGCAAACUGUUCAACUUACCAAAAUGCCUUACACAUUCCUUACAAAUAAACCAACCAACACAGCGUUAUCCAGGCCCAACUUCCAGUGAAGCCAUUGGAGACAAGUCUCAGAACCACAGAAAUAAAUCUUCCAGACCCCCAGUCUGUAAAAGAACUUUUGUCACAUUUGAUAAACACUAUUCCCGGGAGCAGCCCUGGACCACCUCGAGCAGACGCCAAAGCCCUCAUCAACGCUGACAGACCGGGGUGUGCUGGGAGUCCAGAAUGCUCGGGACUUAUGUCAGUCAGUGCAAUUGUCUGUAUUUCUCAGUGGGGCCGGGUCGGGGAGCAACAGGCCAGGUGGUGAGUUCUCAGAGGCUGCUGAGCAGACUGGAGGGCUUCAGCCCAGCCCAGCAAAGCUGCAGCCCUCACCCCUGGAAGUUGCCAAGCAGAACUGACAUGUGACUGCCUGGAUGUCAAUGCCAUUAAAACCAACGUGUUGCCCGGCA